GGCUAUCAGCAUAACUUGGACAACCUCGGUGUCGCGCGUAGCUCAUCGUUUUAUGCCCAAUUAUAUUAUACUGCUUGUGUUUCGUGGGAUAGCUAGAAUUUUAGGAUGUUUUCUUUGUCGGAUUUUGAACAAUUUGCUCAACAAAGUCUUAGCAGCGACGCAUGGAGUUACUAUUCCAGUGGAGCAGGCCUGCAGCAGACGAUGAAGGACAACGAGGCCGCAUUUCUAAGGUAUCGUCUCCGGCCGCGUGUGUUGAGAGAUGUAUCUGCGGCAGAUACGAGAACUUCAAUCUUGGGGAACACCAUUGAUUUCCCGGUGUGUGUUGGCGUCACUGCAAUGCACAAGUUGGCUCACGAUGAUGGAGAAUUGGCCACUGCCAGAGGUAUAGUCAUGAAUCAAAUCACUGCUACAAAGUACAAAACAUGCAUGGUACUGGGUUCGUUCUCCACCACUGCUAUGGAGGAAGUGGCAGAGGCAGGCAGCCCUGGCCUACAGUGGCUACAGCUCUACAUCUUCAGAGACAGGGAGCUCACCAGGAGCCUCAUUACACAAGCCGAGAGAGUUGGCUUCAAGGCAAUUGUGCUGACUGUAGACCAGCCUGUAAUAGGACCAGACAGUUACAAGUCGGCAAGUCUCCCACCUCAUAUAUCUUUCCCCGAUAUCGGUCUAAGUGGCCCAAUAAACAAGGAGAAGGUUAGAAACCUGAUUGACUCCAGCGUGACCUGGGAAGAGGUGGACUGGGUAAAGGGUCUUACUAAACUGCCGGUAGUGCUGAAGGGGAUUCUGACAGCAGAGGAUGCAGUGGAGGCAGUGAGACAUGGAGUCCAGGGGAUCAUAGUCUCCAACCACGGAGGGAGGCAGCUGGACGGAGUUCUCGCAUCAAUUGAUGCCCUGGGUGAAGUGGUGAGAGCAGUAGAGGGCCGUGUAGAGGUGUACAUGGAUGGAGGAGUGAGGCGGGGAACUGACGUGCUGAAGGCUCUGGCUAUGGGGGCCAGGGCAGUGUUCAUUGGAAGACCAGUCCUCUGGGGCCUCGCCUACAAGGGGCAGGAAGGAGUUGGAAGAGUUUUAGAGAUCCUGAGGGAGGAAUUAAAAUCUGCCAUGGUGCUAUCAGGUGUUUCGAGAGUGACUGAUAUCAAAGCUGAACUCUUAGUUCAUUGAAUCACAACUGCUCUGAGCCUGUAGCUAACUUCUGUAAAACUUAGCGGUGAAUGAUGAAUUUCACAAUUAACAUUCAGUACCUCCACCAAUUCACCGCUUGAGCAACAACUGCUGGAACUGUAAUUGCGGUUGCUUUCCUGGCGGUUCGAGGUUUCCAGAGGGCUGCAAAAAAUCUACCGAAAUUCAUUGCCCUUGGUUUACAAGAGGUUACAAGGGAGGCAAAGAUUAGUGAUAUACCAGACUUAAAACGAUUAUGAAUUGACUUACCAUACACAAACACAGAAUCUGAACAAUGAAUACAGGCAUCAACUAU